CUACAAUUGCCACGACGUCUUUCUUCUCUCCCGUUGCCGCCCUGGACGCUGACCGGCAAGAUGAAGACCACCUGGAAAGAUAUUGCGCCGGUCCCGACUUCCCAAGAAUUCAUAGACAUUGUUCUCAGCCGGACACAGCGCCGGCUGCCUACCCAGAUUCGUGCCGGCUUCAAAAUUAGCAGAAUUAGAGGAUUUUAUACAAGAAAAGUCAAGUUCACAUCCGAGACAUUCUGCGAAAAGCUGCAAGCCAUCCUCGAAGGCUUUCCUCGACUCCAAGAUAUUCAUCCCUUCCACAAAGACCUCCUCAAUACCCUCUACGAUGCAGACCAUUUCAGAAUUGCCUUGGGCACGCUGUCAACUGCCAAACGACUGAUAGAGACAGUGUCUCGGGAUUACGUUCGGCUCCUCAAGUACGCGCAGUCAUUGUUCCAAUGCAAAUCUCUCAAGCGGGCGGCCCUCGGUCGGAUGGCCACAAUCUGCAAAAGACUGAAAGACCCUCUCGUGUAUCUGGAGCAGGUGCGACAGCAUCUGGGGCGUCUACCGAGCAUAGAUCCCAACACCCGAACGCUUCUCAUCUGUGGUUAUCCGAAUGUGGGGAAGUCCAGCUUUUUAAAAUCAAUCACUCGAGCCGAUGUCGAUGUUCAGCCCUACGCUUUCACGACCAAAUCGCUCUUUGUUGGUCAUUUUGACUAUAAAUAUCUCAGAUUUCAAGCCAUUGACACCCCCGGUAUCCUGGAUCACCCAUUGGAAGAGAUGAACACCAUCGAAAUGCAAUCCAUUACCGCAAUUGCACAUUUGAGAUCUGCGAUUCUGUACUUUAUGGAUCUGUCAGAGCAAUGUGGCUACUCAGUCUCGGCGCAGAUGGCGCUGUUCAACUCAAUCAAACCCCUCUUCGCCAACAAACUUGUUUUUAUCGUGGUGAACAAGACCGAUGUCAUGAAGCCAGAGGACUUGGACUCCGAGACACAACAACAAUUGAAGGAUUUGUUGACUCAAAACUCCAACACGGAACUUCUCCAAUUGUCAUGCGUCACAAACGACGGAGUUCAGGAGGUGAAGAACACGGUUUGCGAUCGAUUGAUUGCAGAUCGGGUUGCGGCAAAACUAAAGGCUGGGCAAUCUGCACAAUCUGCCACCGCUGAUGCACCAACAGGCCGCCUCGGCGAUCUUCUCGCCCGCAUCCAUGUGGCCAGGCCCUUGGAAGGUUCCGUGAGCGAGACCUACAUCCCAGAAGCGGUCAGAAACGGAACCCACAAAAAAUAUGACCGAUCAGAUCCGGAGAGAAGGAAGCUGGAGCGCGACAUCGAAGAGGAAAAUGGAGGUGCAGGGGUAUACAACAUUGAUCUGAAGAAGUUCUACGAUCUCGCCACCCCGGAGUGGAACCACGAUAAAAUUCCCGAGUUCUUCAACGGCAAGAACAUUGCCGACUACGUCGAUCCUGACAUUGAGCAGAGGCUUGCGGAGCUGGAAGCUGAGGAGGAGAAGCUGACCGCAGAAGGGUUCUAUGACGAGAGCGACAGUAUGGAAGAUGAAGAUGACGCCGAAAUCCGCAUGAAAGCAGAUUUAAUCCGGAACAAGAAGACGCUGAUGAUGAAUGAGGCUCGCAUGAAGAAGAGCUUGAAGAACAAAGCUCAAAUACCGCGGGCCAAGAAAACGAGGACGGUGGGCCAGAUGGAGAAGCACUUCGGCUCAAUCGGCCUGGACGCAUCGGCCCCUGCUGACCGAGCAAGAGCAGAGAUCCGUAACGCCAAGCCUGCUUCAGUCGCCGGCGAUGAGAUGGAACUUGACGAGACAGCCUCUGCGAGACUGGCGAAGUCUCUCUCCCGAGCUCCGAAGACAAACAGGCUCACAGAUGGACUGGGCGUGAGUGCCACGGGCGUGACGGACCCUGCGAAGCGAGAAAAGGCACAACGAAUGGCGAAACUGAGCCAACGGAAGAUGAAUCGUAUGGCCAGACAGGGCGAGGCUGAUCGCCACGAGACGGCUUCGCUACCAGCCCAUUUGAUCAAGGGCAAGAGGAAGAUGGGCAAGACGCGCUCCAGAUGAUCGAAGGAUGGUGAGUUUAGAGAUGGUGUUAUUGUUUCGGUGUCGACCGUUAUGGUUUACGACUCGGCGUUGGUGGAUUGUUCAGGGAACCACAAAGCUGGAACGAGGCCUCGGAAGAGACGGUGCACGUUAGAGAGGUUCAUAACAUCAAUCGAUGUCUUCGUGCUCCAGAAUGAUCCCGCAUCCUUGGUCACCGAGGACGUUUUCGUUUCAAUCCGUCUGGGCUUCUGCUCUGACUCACCUGUGUCGUCGUCCUCGUUGAGCAGAUGCAGUCAUGUUGAGUCACCUUCCUGUUCUCGGUCCUUUUAGCGCCCGUCUGGACGAUAGAGGUAUGCUUGACUCUUGGGACAUUAGGACAACUCCAGCUGGAAUUCUUCUGCCCUGUGACAUACCAACCUGGCCUUCGGUGUCGGGCAUAAUGCGAUAUCUCUUCCCAUUGCUACGUCCGAGGCAGUAGUUCCUCGCAUAGGAACGAGGAUCACAGUACUACUCAACAGAGUAC